AAUCCCAUGUUGUAUUAACAAGCAUGCCAACUUUUUUAUUUUAAAUACAAUUCUGGCUUUUUAUUUUUCGUCUCUUCAUAUUUUAUAACCGAGAAAAUAAUGAAUUGCGGUAGUAUCCAGUGUUCUCCGCUGAGAACAAAUUCGGUGGUCCAACGCAGCCUCGAUUCUCGACUUCGUAGAGCACGGGCAAAGGAAUGCCUAGAAAUAUGUUUCGUUAAAGUGGUGAUUAUUUUGAUACUCUUUCUGGAUAUCUGGCGUGGAAACUCCUGUACUCGAAAGUACUGGUAUUAUCUGGUGGAAUGUUUUAUUUUAGCCGUGAUGGCCUUGAGUGCACUGCUGCACUUCGGAAAGUACUUAUGGUUAAUUUUUCCUGAAGAUCAGGUGAUCGGAACAGAGAGCCAAAAGCGCCUGCUGGAUGGAAAAGAAGACACCCCUUUUGAAACAGUGUACGCACGUCCAGCUCUAAAAUCACAAAUAAAUGUUAAGAAGGGUAACGAAUGGAAAAUCCAAUACUGGCACUUAUUGUUCCAUCAAAGCUGGUAUCCACCAAUGCCACCUGUGCUGAAACAGAAAUCUUUAAAUAUCGCUGGCAAAUCUGAGCAUAAACUGAUUUAUGAUGAUGAAUUCAUUACUGAUAUUUGGAAGUUACCCGAUUUAAUUAAGCGGGCUGAAAGAGAACGCAACAGAAAAAUUAUAAUGGAAAAGAACAUUCAAACACUUGAGAACUAUAAUAGAAAAAUGAUUGACGAUUUUUUUCCACUUCCGGUAGACUGGUACAUUCAAAAUGCAAAGGUCGUUGAAUCCAACUGUCCGAUCAAAUUAAUGCAAUGGGUGGCCAACUUGAGGUACUGGAUAUCUAAGACCAUAUUGCAUAGAUUGGUCAAGGAGUUUGAACAUGUGGAUAAGGUGGCUCAAGAACUGAGGUUCUGCAAUCUUAAGAUCGGAGGGACAAGGCUGGAGAUGCUACGAUUGCUGGCCGAACAAGAAGAGGUGUUCGUGGAGUCCUGUAUUCCCACAUUGCCCACGGUGUUGGCUUUUCUAAACUUCUCUGCCAACCAAAAUUACCUGGUUACGCGCAUUAAGGAGCUAGCGAAGGGCGUCUACAUGCCUGACUACAAAUGGAAGUUGGUCAAAGAGCAGCACUUGCCCACAGACACAGCCAUUUUGUUUCACCUGUUUUGCGUCUACAUGGAUAGUCAAUUGAUGCCAACUCCGCAGGAAGGUGGACGAAGACCUUUCUACUCCCGUUAUGUGGUAAUCAGGGAUAAAAACCCCAUCGAGGACAUCGUGUCACGUGUGAACAACAGAGCCAACUGCGCCAUCCUGGCCACUGGAAAUCAGGAAUCCGAUCCCAAGUUUAACUUUAUCAGCGGUAAUGAGGUGCAGGAUUGCCUACACGACAGAAACAAUCUGUUCCACGUGAUCAUCCAGUUUUUGACCUAUAUGCGAGAUAAGCGGGGCUCCAAUCUGGAAGGCGUGAGUCUGGGCAGGAGUGGCAUCAACAUUUUGGAUGUUAUUGGAGACAAAUCAAUCAUCCGAGAUGAUAUCAAUUUUGAGUAAACUGCAACUAUUUUUCAAGUUUAUUACGAAAACUACUUUGAUAAUUAAUACCACGGAACUCUCUUGGGUUUGCUUUCAUUCGAUAGAUGACAAUUAUGUUUAUAUUUAAUUAUAUAUUAUGUCUUUCUCUGUAAUUUGUUGUACUAGUUUUUAAAAAGACCGCUUGCAACAGUCGAUAGUCUCUAUUGUCAAACCGAUAGAGCGACAUAAACAUUAUCGAUA